AUGGAUAAGUUAGCAUUCUGGAAUGUUCGAGGGUUUAAUCAGCCCUCAAAACGCAAGGAAGUUGCUGAUUUAAUUUUGGAUAAUCAAGUGGGUUUGUGUGCUCUUAUCGAAACUCAUGUUGCGAAAGGGCGUGUUAAUAAUGUGUUUAAUAGAAUGUUUCGAGGUUGGGAUUGGUUGUCGAAUUCUGAGCAUUGCUUAAAAGGCUGUAGAAUUGUGAUUGGCUGGAAUCCUUUGUUGUUUGAUGUGUUAGAAAUUCUCUCGACUGAUCAAGUAAUUCACUGUGUGGUCACUGAGCUGGAAAGUAAAAAUUCUUUUCAUUGCUCAAUUGUCUAUGCAGCGAAUGACCAUGUGAUUCGUCGGGAUUUGUGGCAUUCUCUGUGUUCUUAUAGUAUGUUGACCGCAACGUCCCCUUGGGUCGUUAUGGGAGACUUUAAUGCUAUGUUGUCUGAUUCUGAGAUGCAAGGAGGUGUUGAUAGUAGGUCCCCUGCUGUUCAGGAGUUUAAGGAUUGUGUGAACUAUAUAGAGGUGCAAGAUAUUGUGUAUUCAGGUAUUCACUUUACUUGGACAGGGGCGCCCCAUGGGGUCGGAGUUGUUAAAAAAUUGGAUCGAGUGAUGGCCAAUUUGAGCUUUCUGCAGAAAUUUUUUGGGGUUAAUACUAAGUUUCUUCCGCGCGGCGUUAGUGAUCAUAGCCCUGCUAUUGUGGAUUUAAAGUUAGUGAGAAGGAGAUCUAAGAGCUCUUUUAAAUUUAAUAAUUUCUUGGCUUAUCGAGAAAAUUUUUUAGAGCUUGUUUCAGGCAUCUGGUCUCAUAGAAUUGGUGGUGUGAAAAUGUAUCAGUUAGACUUGUUUCCAUUUGAUGAUGAUCUUUGUCACCAAGAGCUGGCCAUCUCAAGGGAGUAUAGAGCUUGUAAACUAGAGGAAGAAAGGUUGUUGAAGCAACGAGCUAAAGUGCACUGGCUAAAAGUAGGUGAUCAGAAUUCGAAAUUUUUUCACCGAAGUCUUCAUUCUAGAAGACUUAAAAAAUCAGUUCUGGAAAUUACCAAUGAGGAGGGAGAUGUGCUUCAGGGGGAUGACAUGAAUGCUCAUUUUGUUGAUUUUUACAAGAAUUUGUUGGGCACUAAAGAUGAGUGUGAUAAUUGUUUGGGGUUAGAGCCUUUUGCAAAUAAAUUAGAUGCUAAUUCAGCUGCUGAUUUAAUUCGUGAGGUGUCUUCUGAGGAGAUUAAGGAGGUUAUUUUUCAGAUGGGUGAUGAUAAGGCCUCUGGCCCUGACGGCUACUCGGCUCUUUUUUUCAAAAAGGCUUGA